AUGGCGGCCGAUGGCGUAGUUGAAUCGCUGGAGCAGCUGGUCUGGCUCUUGUGGGCAACCGCCUCGGAAAGGCCCUUUUACUUUUUGUUGGCUGUGGUUCUCCCGCUUUUUGGAUUGGGCAUUUUUUGCGUCUACAUUCUCCUCCACCUUGUUGCCCCGAAACCGCGACUCUCCUACCCCUCCGAGAAAACCUACAUCACCACGAACCCCGAUGGCACUGCCAGCUCCCCACGCCCGCUCGCCUGUUGGUACGAUCGCUGGCAUGCCGAGGGGAAGCUCAGUGAAGAGUACUCAACAAUCCCUGCCGGCUUUCCCGUCCCCGACCAAGGGGCGAUCGAGCCGGCCGAGGUGGAAAUGAGCGUGGUGGUCCCAGCCUACAACGAAGAAGCCCGCAUCACCGCCGCCCUGGAAGAAAUGGUCGAAUAUCUAGACCAACAAUUCGGCCGCCCCAACAACCAAUUCCUCCAACCCGAGCGUCAGGAGCGAUCCGCCGAGAAGGGCGGCAAGAAGGGCAAACGCGCCACGACGCCGCACCGCUUGGUCUUCAAGCCUGACACCUCGACCUCCACAUCCCCUCCCGGCACCGCCCGAGGACCAUCCGAGCCGCCGCAGCCUUCAGGCUACGAGAUUCUGAUCGUCGACGACGGCAGCCGCGACCGCACCGUCGAAGUCGCGCUCUCUUUCGCCCGCAAGCACGGGCUGCACGACAUCCUGCGGGUGGUCAAGCUCGCAAAGAACCGCGGCAAGGGCGGCGCCGUCACCCACGGCUUGCGCCACGUGCGGGGGAAGUACGCCGUGUUUGCCGAUGCCGACGGCGCGAGCCGGUUUAGCGACCUGGGCAAGUUGAUUGAGGGGUGCGAGGAUCGCUCCGCCAUCCGCAAUUUCCUAAUGCGGUCUUUCCACUUCGUGCUCACGAUCCUCACCCCUCCCGCAACAUCACGCAUCCGCGACACGCAGUGCGGCUUCAAACUCUUCUCGCGGGCCGCCCUGCCGCACAUCGUGCCCUACAUGCACGCCGAGGGUUGGAUUUUCGACAUCGAGAUGCUCAUGCUCGCCGAGUCGGCCCCGGCCACCCCCGUCCUGGCCAGCGACGGCUCCGUCAUCGGCACCAGCUACGGCAUCAAGGUCGCCGAGGUACCCGUCGGCUGGCACGAGGUCGACGGGAGCAAGAUGAGUUUGGUGCAGGACAGCGUGCGCAUGGCCAUUGGGUUGGCUGUGCUGAGGGCGAGCUGGAUGUUGGGGGUCUAUCGGAGGCGGUUGACAUGA